AUGUCCAGAAAAUCACCCAGCACAGCUCAGAAGAGCACGCUGAAGCAUCGUCAUCCCCUCAAAUUGAAGUCACUUCCUCGAUGGCUUUCCAUACUGCUUGUUGUAAUUUAUGUCGUUACAGGGAUCUUUCAGCCAAUUGUCCUAGACUCAAUUAGUCGGAUGGGUGGAGCCGAGAAGCAGGCUUUUCUUUUUCCUAUCCCUAACUCCAUGGGAAUGGCCUUACUUAUGGCUAUUCCUACACGCAAGUCUCACUACUCACGUCGAGCCUCUCUCUAUAAGUUUCCCAAAGAGAUAAUUGUAAUGACUCUGAUAGAUGUCAGUGCAACGACUCUCACGCUCUUCGGCCAGCUGAUGAUUGGCUCGGGUCUAUAUAUUAUUGUCUACUCCUCCCUCACUAUUUGGUCAGCUAUUGGGUCUUUGUUACUCUUGAAGAGACACUUCACGUGGCCUAUGUGGAUGGGUGUUGUGGUUGUUACUAUUGGACUGAUGAUAUCUGGAGUGGGCGCUUUCACCACGUUCGGCCUGUCAACGCUAAUUGGAAUGGCUGUCACUUUGGUGGGGACCAUUCUGCACUCUGGUGUUUACUGGGUAUCCGAAUACUUUUGUCUUCAUAAGGAGUACCCAAUUCACUCCACUUUCUUGGCCGGCUACAUGGGAAUCUUUGGGGUUGCAAUUUUCCUUUCUUAUGUCACAGGAUACACAAUUCCUCGGUGGGAGGCACUAUUUGUCCAGCCAAUGGAAGCUGGUGGUGGAUCAUACUGGAAAAUAUUUAGCACCUACCUCCUAUUAAUCCUGAUUGACUGGGCUCACCUAUACGCCCAAUUCACAGCUGUCGUGGCUGUAGGCUCCGUGAUAGUUGGGAUCAACAAGGCAAUUAGCUCCAUCGGUGUCUUCGUUCUUAGUCACUUUCUAUUUUGUGAAGUAGAUAGUUCUGAGUGCAUAGAUCUAUUUAAAAUCCUAUCCUUAUGCUUCGUUAUAUCUGGAGUCAUCAUAUAUACUACUGCUUAUCAUUAUUAUAAGAAGAAACAGAACCGACUGCAGGGAAGUCAGAAGAGUCCGCAGGAAGAUACAUCAAUUGAUCAGUUGCCAAGUAGUGAAACGCCCCCGCUUAGUUUAGAGUAA